GUGAGCUAUCUGGCCAAAAGGGUGACGGCCUCGCUAGGAUGAAGCUCGUGAGAUUUUUGAUGAAAUUGAGUCAUGAAACCGUAACAACUGAAUUGAAGAAUGGAACACAGGUCCAUGGAACCAUCACAGACAGCUUGCCUCUGGAUACACUACUUGUGGAUGUUGAACCUAAGGUGAAAUCCAAGAAGAGGGAAGCUGUUGCAGGAAGAGGAAGAGGCCGAGGAAGAGGAAGAGGACGUGGCCGUGGUAGAGGAAGAGGGGGUCCUAGACGAUAAUGUCUCUCAAGAUUAGUGUUUCAAAGUGGUGAUAUGGGCUAUUUUUUUGUACAGCUUUUGUUUGUUUAUGUCAGUUUUUAAUAAACCUAAAUAUGGGACCACAUUGUCUACUGACCAUCAAA